UCCUCCCUCUAUGAGAAACCUCACAUUGAAAUGCUGCAAAUGACUGGGGCCCCGCGUGCAGUCGCGUCCGGGCCGCGCGAAGCCCGGAUUUCAAGAGCGCACACAGUGAACAGGAGCCCGGGCCAGGGAGCUGCAGGCGGAGGCUGGAAGCAUGAAGUCCACGGGCUGGGUCCUGCGAUGGGCUGUCGCCCUGCUCAUUGCUGCGGUGGCAGCUGCAGUGGAAGAGAAAUGUGGGAGAAACGAGUUCCAGUGCCAAGACGGGAAAUGCAUCUCCUACAAGUGGAUUUGCGAUGGGAACACCGAGUGCAAGGACGGGUCCGAUGAGUCCGUGGAGACGUGCAUGUCUGUCACCUGCAAGAUAGGGGACUUUAGCUGUGGGGGCCGUGUCAACCGCUGCAUUCCUGAGUCUUGGAGGUGUGACGGUCAGCAGGACUGCGAGAAUGGCUCAGAUGAGGAAGGCUGUUCCCCCAAGACGUGCUCCCAGGAUGAGUUCCGCUGCCAGGACGGCAAGUGCAUCGCCCCAAAGUUUGUCUGUGACUCGGACCGGGACUGCCUGGACGGCUCGGAUGAAGCAUCCUGCCCCACACCCACCUGCGGCCCCGCCAGCUUCCAGUGCAACAGCUCCACCUGCAUCCCUGAGCUGUGGGCCUGUGACGGUGACCCUGACUGCGAGGAUGGCUCAGACGAGUGGCCACAGUACUGCAGGAGCCACAGCUCAUCACUCCCCGAGAGGAGCAACAACCCCUGCUCAGCCCUCGAGUUCCACUGCCACAGUGGCGAGUGCAUCCACUCCAGCUGGCGCUGCGACGGAGACACUGACUGCAAGGACAAGUCUGACGAGGAGAACUGCGAUAUGGCCACGUGCCGGCCUGACGAGUUCCAGUGCUCAGACGGGACCUGCAUCCAUGGUAGCCGGCAGUGCGACAGGGAGUAUGACUGCAAGGACCUGAGCGACGAGCAGGGCUGUGUCAAUGUGACUCUGUGCGAGGGGCCCAACAAGUUCAAGUGUCAAAGCGGCGAGUGCAUCUCCUUGGACAAAGUGUGCAACUCAGUCAGGGACUGCCGGGACUGGUCAGAUGAGCCCCUCAAGGAGUGUGGGACCAACGAGUGUCUGGACAACAAGGGUGGCUGCUCCCAUAUCUGCAAUGACCUCAAGAUCGGCUAUGAGUGCCUCUGUCCCGAGGGCUUCCAGCUGGUGGAUAAGCACAGAUGCGAAGAUAUCGACGAGUGUCAGGACCCAGAUGCCUGCAGCCAGAUCUGCGUGAACCUCGAGGGCAGCUACAAGUGCCAGUGUGAGGAGGGCUUCCAGCUGGAGCCUCUCACCAAGGCCUGCAAGGCCAUAGGCACCAUCGCCUACCUCUUCUUCACCAACCGCCACGAGGUGAGGAAGAUGACCCUGGACCGUAGUGAGUACACCAGCCUCAUCCCCAACCUGAAGAACGUGGUCGCCCUGGACACUGAGGUGGCCAGCAACAGAAUCUACUGGUCUGAUCUGUCUCAGAGGAAGAUCUACAGUACCCAGAUCGACAGGGCCCCCAGCUUUUCCUCCUAUGACACCAUUAUUGGCGAGGAUCUCCAGGCCCCCGAUGGGCUGGCGGUGGAUUGGAUCCACAGCAACAUAUACUGGACUGACUCCAUCCUGGGCACUGUCUCCGUGGCUGACACCAAGGGCGUGAAGAGGAAGACUCUCUUCCAAGAGAAAGGCUCCAAGCCACGGGCCAUUGUGGUGGACCCUGUCCAUGGCUUCAUGUACUGGACUGACUGGGGAACCCCCGCCAAGAUCAAGAAGGGCGGCCUGAACGGAGUGGACGUCUACUCGCUGGUGACGGAGGACAUCCAGUGGCCCAAUGGCAUCACUCUGGAUCUUUCUGGCGGCCGCCUUUACUGGGUCGACUCCAAGCUCCACUCCAUCUCCAGCAUCGAUGUCAACGGGGGGAACCGGAAGACCGUCCUGGAGGACAAGACGAAGCUGGCGCACCCUUUCUCCUUGGCCAUCUUUGAGGAUAAAGUAUUUUGGACAGAUGUAAUCAACGAAGCCAUUUUCAGUGCCAACCGCCUCACAGGCUCGGACAUACAUUUGAUGGCAGAAAACCUGUUGUCUCCAGAGGACAUUGUCCUUUUCCACAACCUCACACAGCCGAGAGGGGUGAACUGGUGUGAAAGGACCGACCUCCAAAACGGUGGCUGCCAGUACCUGUGUCUGCCAGCUCCACAGAUCAACCCACGCUCGCCGAAGUUCACCUGUGCCUGCCCGGAUGGCAUGCUGUUGGCCAAGGACAUGAGGAGCUGUCUCACAGAGACUGAACCUGCAGGAACCACCCAGGGACCCUCCAUGGUCAACUCGACAGCUCUGGGGCCAAAGCACACAGCCAGCUCUGAGCUCACCACAGCCGAGUCAGUGACGAUGUCCCAACAUGCCCUGGGUGACGUUGCUGGCCGAGGAGUCACCGAGAAGCCCCAGAGCGUGGGUGCUCUGUACAUUGUCCUCCCCAUUGCACUACUCAUCCUCCUCUUCUUCGGAACCUUCCUCCUCUGGAAGAACUGGAGGCUUAAGAGCAUCAACAGCAUUAACUUCGACAACCCUGUGUACCAGAAGACCACGGAAGACGAGGUCCACAUCUGCCGCAGCCAGGACGGCUACACCUACCCCUCGAGACAGAUGGUCAGCCUGGAAGAUGAUGUGGCGUGAGCUGCUGCCUUGAGCCCUGUCCCACCUCAGAAGCUGCUGCUGGCCACUCACCGGCAGGAAGAACACUUUCUCCUUGGACCCCUGAACUGCCCAAAACCGUUCCUGAGACUGAGACGCCAAAAGCACUGUUGGUUACAGCCCUGGUGCCAUCUGCUUGUCUGUCAGAGUUUUGUUUUAUAUAUUUAUUGUCUGGGAGGCAGAACAGGCUUCUGAUGGCACCUGGGCUGGGAAUGGGUUAGGGUGGCUUUUUUUCUUCCUUUCUUUCUUGACAUGUGAAGAAGAGGAGCAAGGUGGAUGAGCUGGGACACCUGAGCUUUUCUCCUCCUUGACAUGCACCGCCUGAGAGACUUAGGGACUGAUGGAUGGAGGGAUACAGAAGGAGAGGGUUAGGGGCUCUGAACACAGCAGGGCAGGUGAUGCCCACAGGGUCCCCGGGGAGUUCCCGAGCCCCACACUCAGGACUGAAUGUGUUUACCUCUGCCUGGUGAACCUGCUGGGGUGGCCAGAGUUGGCUUUUGCUCUGCUACCCCCAGGUCAGGAUCAGAUGAGGGUUUCCAAGUUGCGUUUGCCCUCUCCAUAAGCCAGGGAGGGGCCUCUGGCGAUGGCUGAAUCCAGCCUUCUUGGGGGCUGCACCCACUGAGACCCAUUCAUUCACCAAAACCCCAGCCACAACCCCAGGGAAAGCUCAAGCCGCUCGUCGCUCUUAAUAUGUAUUAAGUGCCUGAGACCCCGUUACCUUGUGCGUCAAGACAAGCAGCUCCGACCUCUAACUGUGUCCUUCCAUCCGGGUGUGGGUGUCUGGACCCCAGCCCCGCCUCUUGCACUUUUUCAGUUCAGGGUUGUACACUGUGUAAAGUCCACAUUCUAUUAUUUUGCACUGCUUUCCGUUCUGGUUGGGAUGGGCUCCUAGGCCAGAGAGGCUCCGGGCGGAUGACGGUGCAGACCCAGCCUCUCUCCGAGGGCAUAAUGAGAGGUGCAUGCAGAGGAAAGGGGCAGCUUGACCAUGAUUUCAAAGUCAAGAUCUCAACUAUGUAUCCCCCAAACAUUUCCACUUCUGUGCCCCUGAGCCAUCCACUUCCCCGACAAGCUGGUCCAUGAUGAAAUGUGCUUGUUGGUCCACCCUGUAAGACUUGCUCUAGGCUCAGGCAUUUGAGGGGACCUAUUAAAGAAGAAUGCUUCCUGAAAUUGCCACACAUGUCGUGGCAUUUAGAACCCCAGUGCUGGGGGACGGCCUCUAAGGGGGUUAACUUUCCAUUGCACAACGGAGGAACGUGGUGCCCCACUCUGCAGGAGACUGUGAAUGCCUUUUCUCUUUCUGAAGCAUGUAAAUAACCCCCAUGCAGACAGUGGGGGCUUUUUGUUAUGUUUGCACUUUGUAUAUUUGUUGAAACACUUACUUGCCUAUAUAUAUGAAAAAGAUCUAUUUAUUUUUGCAAACCCUGGUUGCUGCAUUGGGGGGAACUGUCUCUGAGACGCCUCAUCUUUCUGUACAAAGAUUAUUCGCGUGCUGUGCGCAAUGCUCUUCAGGAGAAUCAGGUCUGGGUUGUAUAUAUGGGUUGCUUUGUGGGGAGGGGUAUUGGGUUUUAAACCACUGUAUAAAGAAUGUUUUUAUAGCCUACACAUCUUACUGUGAUCAGUUAAAUUUCUUAAAUAAAGUAUUUGGUUAAAUGUGAA